ACCCCAAAAACUAUUAAAAUUCUUUUUUCUACGUUUUCCACUCCCACGUACACACACAGGCCAAAUAAAGCUACGUGCCGAUAGACAUGUCCACGCUUUCGCGCUGUGGAUAAAACCCAGCACGAGCCGGUUCAACGAAUACAAAGGCAAACUGAAUAUGGCUAGUGUAUGUGUGUUCGUGCUUGUGCUAGUGCCUGCAGUUUCAUGUCAAUAUGAGCACUACAGCCCGGAGAAUUUCCCGCAUGCCGAUCUGAUGCCACUGGACUCGGCGUACGGUUUCGCGCUGGAGCGUUACGGAGAGCGGGACUGGGCGGAGAGCGCGCGCUACCUGGAGCUCAGCCUGCGCCUCCACAGACUGCUGAAGGAGAGCGAGGGCCGCUGCAGCCGCGCGUGCACCCAAGACAAUCUGCAAGACACCGACAUGGACACGAGCCUGAGAGUCAUUAAACACAUCCUCACGCGCGCGGCGUGCGUGAAAAAGUGUAAAGCAGAGAUGCCCGUGUUUUCUAAACAGUACCCGAAACCUGAGACUCUGGAGGCUUUUGCCACGAGGACGCCGUACCGGUAUUUACAAUUUGCUUAUUAUCAGAUGAAUAAUCUGGAGAAAGCUGUAUCAGCAGCACACACUUAUCUCCAGCGUAACCCAGGAGACCUGUUAAUUUCCAAAAACAUGAACUUUUAUAAAAGUCUAUUUGACAUUGAAGAGUACUUACUGGACCAGGAGGAGAAAAAACAUCAGACUCUCUUUCUGAACGCAGUGCUGCUGUAUAACGCAGGGGACUUCAGCAGAUCUAUAAGGAUGAUGGAGGAGGUGUGUGUGGAGUAUUUGCGUGUGUAUGAUGAGUGUGUUUCAGCAUGUGAGGGGUCAUACGAGGUACAAGAGGUUAAAGACUUUUACCACACACUUGCAGGGUUGUUCAUUGAGGUAAUGCGGUGUAAAGUGAGCUGUGAAGAGGAUUUAACUCCCAAUGUUGGUGGAUUUUUUGUGGAAAAAUUUGUUGCCACCAUUUACCACUACAUGCAAUUUGCAUAUUAUAAAUUGAAUGAUGUCAUUAAAGCUGCUCAGUGUGCACUUAGUUACCUGCUCUUUGAUCCUGAUGAUCAGGUGAUGCAGCAAAAUGUUGCAUAUUACAGAUUUCACAAAAAGCAGUGGGGUCUGAAAGAGGAGGACUUUAAACCCCGCCCAGUGUGUGUAUUUUUGUGUUCACAGGAAGCUCUUCAUUACUUUAAUCAGACAGUAAAGAAAAAAGAUUUGCUGGAAUUUGCACGCAACUAUUUACAGACGGAUGAUGAGGAUGCUGUGAGUCCAGAGGAAUCUCCUUCUCUUUCUUCUCCCGAUGAAGAGUUUGAUGGAGUUGGAGAUUAUGAAGAGUCGUUCCUUGCUGAGUGGUGGCAGGAACCCAGAACUAAAGGAGAUACUGGAGAAGCAGAAUGAAACCCCACAUCAACAUCAGUGGUGUGUGUAUUGUGAUGAACAGUGACUGCUGAUGAGCGGAAUUAUGAAACUGUGCAAACCAGGACUGGCAGAACACCAUUUGUGACGCAUUAUUAUUAAAAAAACAGCUGCAGGUUUCUGUGAUUAAAACAAUAAAUAAAUACUUUUUAUGUAAAAAAUUGA